AUGCGCUACCAACAUCCAGACUUGGACAAGAUUACAGAGUUCUUAUUAGAUUUCGGCAUGACAGUGGCCAAGCGGACUGACACCGAGGUCUGGUAUCGUGGAUACGGAAUUGACCCGUACGUCUACUACGUUGCAAAAGGCCCGAAAAAGUUUCUCGGCGGCACUUACGUUGUCGAAUCUGUUGAGGACCUUGAAAGGGCAUGCCAGCUGGGAGACGGUGCUACUAUCAAAGAACUGUCUAAUGCUCCCGGAGGUGGCUCUGUGGUGACGGUGUUCGAUCCAGAAGGCUUCCCAAUAAACUUGCUCCAUGGCCAAGAGCCAGUACCCGCCAAAGAUCCACCGCAGAAGAUUACGAUCAAUUAUGAGAAUGACAAGCCCCGCGUUCGAGAGUUUUUAAGAUUUCAACCCGGACCGGCUGCCGUGCACAAGCUCGGGCACUACGGUUUGUGCGUGCAAGAGUUUCAGAAACAGUCUGACUUUUAUCUGAAAACAUUCAACCUCGUUCCAACCGACUUCCUAUAUAUCACCUUACCUGAUGGCACCAAGAAGGACGUUGCCAUUUUUGCCCACAUCGACCGUGGCCAGGACCUCGUUGAUCAUCAUACAUUCUUCAUGAGCACAAGCAAGACCAGCCACGUGCAUCACAGCUCGUUUGAGGUUCAUGACUUCGACACCCAGAUGCUAGGCCAUCAGUGGCUGGCUCAAAAGGCUUACGACUCAGUAUGGGGCGUGGGACGACACAUAUUAGGUUCACAGGUAUUUGAUUAUUGGUGGGAUGUCGAUCGCAAUAUGAUCGAACAUUAUGCCGACGGCGACCUCGUGAAUGAUCAAAGUCCAAUUGGUUAUGGCCCGGCUGGCAACGAAUCACUCGCUGUAUGGGGUCCGGACGUCCCAGUGGAGUUCUUAGACUGA